GGAGGCGAGCUGAGCGGGCUCAAGGUCGCUUAGGGGGUUUCAGUGCUGCCGAUCGCUGCUGCUCGUCCCCACGUCCGGUUCCACCGAACCCCCUCUCAGCACUGCCUCGAUGGCGUCCUUUUUCGCUGCUGUGCCGCUGGCUGCGCCCGUAGUCGUCUUUAAGAUUACGGCUGACUUCAAGGAGGACCCGAACCCCAAGAAGGUCAACUUGGGAGUUGGAGCUUAUCGUACCGAUGAAGGGACACCCUGGGUGUUACCUGUGGUGAGGAAGGUGGAAAAAUGCCUGGCUAAUAAUGAUAGUCUUAAUCACGAAUACGUACCCAUUUUGGGCAUUCCAGAAUUCACCAAGAGUUCUUAUGAAACAGUUCUUGGAAAGGACAAUCCGGCCAUUGCAGAAGGCAGGGUGGGUGGUGUGCAGUGUCUGGGAGGGACUGGCGCACUUCGUUUGGGUGCUGAAUUUCUGCACGCAUGGUACAAUGGAACUAAUAACUCAUCAACUCCAGUAUAUGUUUCUGCACCGACUUGGGGAAACCACAAUGGGGUGUUUGGUGGAGCUGGGUUCACCGAUAUUCGCAGCUAUCGUUACUGGGACCCAACCAAGCUUGGUCUAAACCUACAAGGACUUCUGGAGGAUCUGGAGAAUGCUCCAGAAUUUUCAAUUAUCGUGUUGCAUGCAUGUGCACACAACCCGACCGGUACUGAUCCAACUCCAGAGGAAUGGAAGAAAAUUGCCGAGGUCAUGAAGAAAAAGUCCCUCUUCCCGUUCUUUGAUUCAGCCUACCAGGGCUUUGCAUCUGGAAACUUGGAUAAAGAUGCUUGGGCUGUCCGUUACUUUGUAAGCCAAGGUUUUGAGCUUUUCUGUGCCCAGUCCUUCUCUAAGAAUUUUGGAUUAUACAAUGAGAGAGUUGGAAAUCUGUGUAUUGUGGCAAAGGACAGUGACAAUGUGAAACGGAUUCGAUCUCAGAUGGAGAAAAUAAUCCGUACAAUAUGGUCAAACCCUCCGGCGCAAGGAGCUCGUAUUGUAGCCACAACACUUAAUGAUCCAGAUCUCUUUGCAGAAUGGACAGGUAACGUGAAGACAAUGGCUGACCGAAUAUUUCUGAUGCGAUCCCAACUGAGGGAAAAGCUGGAGAAACUGGGGACACCUGGCACUUGGAAUCACAUAACCCAACAGAUUGGGAUGUUCAGCUUCACAGGACUGAAUCCUUCUCAGGUCGAUUACAUGGUUAAGAAGAAACACAUCUAUCUCAUGAGCAAUGGCCGCAUCAACAUGUGCAGUCUGACCACUUCCAACCUGGAUUACGUGGCAGAAUCCAUUAAGGAAGCAGUGACUGCCAGCCAGUGCCAGUGAACAAGAACUUGCUUCCAAAGUAAUCUGUAGAUGUGACUGCAUGUGAUGGUGGGUGUUUGUUGGUGUUGCAGUCUCUCAUGCCUUAUGCUUAACUUCAUCUAAUAUCCAAUUGAGAGGGAAGCCCUGAAAUUAACACUUAAAUAGAGAAGCACUAAUUUAGCUCUAUCCCUUGGUUUACUAUCUAGUCAGGAUGUUUAAUUUUAUCUUUAUAAUUGUAGAACAAUUCAAUUGUUUUUAAAUAUUAUUUUACAGUUAUUACUGCACACCACGUUAUCUAGAAAUUUCAGUGUACAGCAUGGUUGGUCAGUUUUAAAACUUUAUGAAUAUUUGCAAAUGUGUUUAUUUUUUCAUUUUUCCUUUAAACUAGUCCCCAAGGACAGAUUCGUAAUUUUUAAACAAAAAUCUCCCUUUUAACAUGGGCAAAGUGGUCAUGUAAAACUGUAAAAUUCUGACAGUCAUAAAGUCACACAGUAGGGAACUGUCCUUCAGUCCAACUGGCCCAUGCUGGUCAAGGUGCCACCAAGCUCCUCCCUGUGUUUGGCCCACAUCCUUCUAAGCCUUCCCUUUCCGUAUACAGGUCGACCUUCACUAAUCCGGACUACCUGUAAUCCGGCACUGAUUAUGCUUAAUGUGAUCCUUCUGUAAUUCGGCAUUUUCACUAAUCCAGCACUCCUCAGGUCCCAGUGGUGCCGGAUUAGUGAAGGUCGACCCGUACUUGUCUGAAUGUCUUUGACAUUUUGUGGUUUCCUUUUUCCAGAGGAAAACCUUGGAAAAGUUUAAAGGCAGGAAAGCAAAAAGGCUUUUAAUUACUACAGGAGUGAUGAUGAGAUGGGGCAAGUGAGGCAUUGAAUAGAAUAAAUUGUUGAGAAAAGUUUUUGUCCAUAGGUUAUCGUUUAUUCAAUCCCACUCAAAGCCAGUGGCAAGCUUCAAGGUGAACUGCACUGUCAGACUUCCAGUGGAUGUGAAUAUUCAGCAGUAUGCAAUAAUUUUCAAGACACAUUUGUAGAUGCGCUCAAAUUGAUCUGUCGUGUCAAGACUUGAUCCCCUAGAGCAGGGGUUCCCAACCAUUUUUAUGCCAUGGACCAAUAGCAUAAAGCAAGGGGUUCGUGGACUCCAGGCUGGAAACCCCUGCCUUACAGUGACCAGGGUUGUUGUCAGUAAACAGUCCAGUCUCGGAGCCAGGGAGCUUAGCCAAUGUGAGGGGGCAACUCAUUUACUUCAUAUAUAUUAUCCUGUGCUAAACUGGCUGAUGGGCUAAUUGCUCGUUUCUUUGACCUGUUACUUAAUGAACUCUAAUGGAAGCAAAAUUCAUUGAAUAGGAUCAAUACCUCAGGGAGAGAAGUAAUUCCAUCCAGGUUUAUAUGCCUGUUAUACUUGAUUGAGUUGCCAUAAUUAUACAGCCGUGAUGAUGCCUUACACUGCUGCAGUUUGAACUGUAACCAUUUAGCUAAUGUGACUGAAGGAUCAGUAGGGAAUCACUAAUUUGGGCGUAAUCCGUAUUGAAACGGUUUAAAGGCAUAGUGAGGGCAUUAACCUGUUUGAUUCAGGAAGGUUUCUGAAGGGAGCAAUGCAGCGACAUCAGAACUGAGUCAGAUAAUCCUAAACCUUUACAAAUUAAUUGCAGAUUUUUAGUCUGAAAAUAGUAUUUGUGAUUCACAGUGUUAAAUAUCUAGUCCUGUAUAGCACUUUAAAAACAGUAACAUAGAAACAUAGAAAAUAGGUGCAGGAGUAGGCCAUUCGGCCCUUCGAGCCUGCACCGCCAUUUAUUAUGAUCAUGGCUGAUCAUCCAACUCAGAACCCAGCCUUCCCUCCAUACCCCCUGACCCCUGUAGCCACAAGGGCCAUAUCUAACUUCCUUUUAAACAUAGCUAAUGAACUGGCCUCAACAGUUUGCUGUGGCAGAGAAUUCCACAGAUUCACCACUCUCUGUGUGAAGAAGUUUUUCCUAACCUCGGUCCUAAAAGGCUUCCCCUCUAUCCUCAAACUGUGACCCCUCGUUCUAGACCUCCCCAACAUCGGGAACAAUCUUCCUGCAUCUAGCCUGUCCAAUCCCUUUAGGAUCUUAUACGUUUCAAUCAGAUCCCCCCUCAAUCUUCUAAAUUCCAACGAGUA